UUUGAUUUUAUCGUUAAUUUAAUGAGUGUUUUUUUCUGGUCUCACCGCCGUUAAUUGUUUUGUCGUUUAUUCAUUUUCUUCUGGUUUUUACUUGUGUUUUAUUAUUUAUCGUUAAUGCUUGGCCAAAAUUGGAGAUAUUUAAAUUUGUUCUGUUGAUUUCAUUUUAAUCGUUCAAUGGGUAACACGAAUACAUCUCAGGUUAAACGAGACCGUAACUACUUUUAUACCAUUGAUGGUGUUAAUCAUCCUCAUCGAGAUAUCUCAUCAUCUCCUCGAGCCGAUGAUUCUAAAUCAUUUGAUUUUGUCGGUGGUGGACGGAAAAAACCCUUAUUGUAUCAAUCAUCAACCGACUACAGUGUAGAUGAUGGUUAUGAUGAAUAUAAGAUUCGACCUCGUACAUCUACUAUAAGUCAAGGAACCUCAAUUGAUGGAAAUGCUUUACCUACGGUAUUCAAAUGGGAAGGAGGAGGUAAAGAAGUCCUCAUUUCAGGGACGUUUAGUGAUUGGAAACCAAUUAAAAUGGUCCAUAGUCAUGGUAAUUUCAUCGCCAUUGUUGAUGUGCCUGAGGGUGUUCAUCAUUACAAAUUUAUUGUGGAUGGUAAUGAGACCGUAAAUACAAAUGCAACCUUGGAUGAAGAGAAAACCAAGAAUGUUAUUAAUGUAAAAAAAAGCGAUUUCGAAGUUUUCGAAGCCCUUGCAAUGGAUCUGGCAGCGAAUAAUAACAGCAAUCAAUUAAGUGGAUCUCCACCAGGCUCAUAUUCUCAAGAGUUUCCUUCCUCCAUGCAACCCAAACCUGCUGCCGGUGGAAGCUCAAGAAAUAACAGCGGAGGAUCAAGCGGCAAUCAAGGUGCUGGUCCACCAAUUUUACCUCCCCACCUUCUUCAAGUGAUGCUUAACAAUCCGACCUUGACCACCAGUGACCCAACCUUUUUACCACAACCUAAUCAUGUCAUGUUGAAUCAUCUUUAUGCUCUGUCCAUUAAAGACGGAGUCAUGGUGCUUUCCUGUACCAAUAGAUACAGAAGGAAAUACGUUACGACCCUUUUGUAUAAACCAAUAUAAGAAGAAGGAAAAAAAAAAGAUAAUCGAUCGACUCAACUUCCAGAAAAAAAGACCUCAGAUAUUAAUCGACUCUUUUUUUUAUCUGUCUACUAACAAUUAAAGUUAAUUGUAAGUUAACUUUAUUACUUUGUUAGUUGAUUAUUGCCUUGAAUUGGCAUACUAACAAUUAUUAUUAUUUACCAUUCGAUUGAUAGUUAUACCAACAGAGACAAAUGGUAAAUUGAAAAACCCACAGAAUUAUUAUAAUAUGUUAAUCAAUUUGAUUAAAAAAUUAAAUGAGA